CUCUCCUCCUUUCUCACUCUUUCCAAAACUUUCUCCCUCCUCCUCUCUCUCUAAAUUGACCCGAAGAAGCACUUUCUCUCUCUUGCUCUCGAAUUGUUCAUCUCACUCAGUACUACACUCAAAAAAUAUUAAUUUCAGUCCAUUCCCAUUUCCCUUUUCUCGCAAUCGCGAAAUGUGCUUUACUUUCUCUCUCUAAAAUCUUUUUUUUUUUUUUUUCCUUUCUCUCUCUCUCUCUCUCAAUAAAUGUUCGCCGUUUUCAGGGUUCUCUCUCUCUCCUUAUAAUCUGCUCCUCGCAAAUACCCCAUUUUGCUUGUUGUCUCUUCGACUCUUCGUCUUUUACGCGAGUUUUGGGUUUGAGUGCAAUUCGCGAUGAAGCCCAUGUUCUCCAAAUUGAUAAUUGGGAAUUCAUCGACUAAUUUCCCCCACAUGGCGGCAGAGAUGGGUGCAAGUUCAAAGGGCGUGAGCAUUGACUCUCCAAUUGAUAAUAAGAAGAGGAAGCUGAAGGAGGUUCCAUACGGAUCAAAUGUUGAGCUCAUCGUGGAUGAUCAGAAUGACAUUAUUGAAAUUGAUGAAGACGAAGAUGUUGAGGAAGUUGACGAUGAUGAUCUCGAUGAUGAUAUGUGCAUGCAAAUUCUUGAGUGGGACUCAUCCAUCUCCUUUAAGACUGAAAAGAAGGAACCAGUAGGCAAGGCUCCUAAAACAAUUGAUCAAUGCAUAAAAAUGUAUCACCCUAUGCCAAGCCAAGAGUUAAUUGUGGAGUUGGACUUGAAUGGGCCUCAUUGGGUGAAGAAUUACCAGAAUGUGGCUCAGAGCAGUGACAGGGCAACAACGAGAUCAAGUAGCUUGCUGCCUCCUUUGCCUCCAAAAAGGGAGGAAAAGAUUGGGGAAGCUUUACCAAAAUUCAAGCAAUUUGACACUGUUAAAGAUUUUUUGGACCACCAUUAUUUUUCAGGGAACCAGUCCACGAACUUGUUUAACGGAGUAUGGGGUGCUAGUAUAAAACAACGUGCUAAGACUCAGACAAGCCAAGGUUGGUCAAAGAAAAUACAGCAAGACUGGAGCAUCCUGGAGAAAGAUUUACCAGAUACAAUCUAUGUUAGAGUUUGUGAAGAAAGGAUGGAUUUAAUGAGGGCUGCCAUUGUUGGACCAGCUGGGACUCCAUACCAUGAUGGCCUAUUCUUCUUUGACAUCCACUAUCCUUCAAACUAUCCUCAAACACCACCUGAAGUGUUCUAUCAUUCUUUUGGGCUUCGGCUGAACCCAAACCUCUACAAUAAUGGGAAGGUCUGUCUUAGUCUUUUGAACACUUGGCAUGGCAGAGGUUCAGAAAUGUGGGACUCUUCCCGCUCAACCAUGUUACAGGUGUUGCUCUCCAUCCAAGCGAUUGUUUUGAAUUCGAAUCCAUAUUUCAAUGAACCAGGAUAUGAGAUCCAAAAGGGAACUCCUCAUGGGGAUAAGAAGGCGAUCGCUUACAAUGAGCAAACAUUCUUCUUAUCAUGCAAGACGAUGAUAUAUGUGUUAAAGACGCCACUGAAGCAUUUUGAGGCCCUUGUGGAGGAGCACUUUCAUUCACGUGCACAGGCUAUUUUAAGUGCAUGCAGGUCAUACAUGGAUGGCGUGCAGGUUGCAUGUCUUGUAGAUGGGAUUCAGGAUGUUGAUGAAGGUGAUAAAAGUAGUUCUAAGAAAUUUAGAGACGCAGUUGGUAUUAUUUACCCAGAACUUGUGGCAACUUUUUGCAAGGCAGGAGCUGAUGUAGAAGACUUCAUAGAUAGGAAAUCGAAUAAGUUCACUGAAUACAUCGGAGAUAAUUAUCAUGAUCCUUACCGGUUUUAUCUCUAUUUCAUAUGUACUUCCUUAUUUAUUUCCUCCUCAUCUUUCUGUAAUAUUUUACUCUUCUUUCCAUUGUUCGUGGCUGCAACUCCCCUUCUUUUUCCUUCUGGUUUGGAGCUCUCUGUCAAAUUGGUGAAAGAAGUUUGGGGAGGUGCUACGGCAAUGUCUAGCCAGUUUUCGAGCGUCUCAGAGAUUGAGACUCCUUCCUCUUCUGAAGAAAAGGAAGAAAAUGGGCAAUCUUUGGAGAAUUUCACUGCUUCCUCUUCAGAAAAAGGGGAAGAAAAUGAGCAAUCUUUAGAGAAGUUCAAGAAAUUCGACAGUGUUAAAGAUACAUCAGACCACUAUUAUCAUGAUCCAAACCGGGGCUUCUUUAGUAAAUUGACGUCUGGCUGGCCAUCUAAGCAAAACAAAACUUGGGCAAAGAAAAUCCAGAAGGACUGGUGCAUCCUAGAGAAAGAUUUACCUGAUUCAAUCUAUGUUAGAGUCUAUGAAGAAAGGAUGGAUCUUAUGAGGGCUGUCAUUAUUGGACCACCUGGGACCCCAUAUCAUGAUGGCCUAUUCUUCUUUGACAUCCGGUUUCCUUCAAACUUUCCUAAUUCACCACCUAAAGUGUACUACUAUUCUUUCGGGCUUCGACCUAACCCAAAUCUGUAUGGCGAUGGGACUGUCUGUCUUAGUCUAUUGAACACUUGGUGGGGCAGAGGGGUUGAAAACUGGAACCCCUUUCGAUCAACCAUCUUGCAAAUCUUGCUCUCUAUCCAAGCAUUGGUGUUAAAUUCAAGUCCAUUUUUUAAUGAACCUGGAUACGAGAAAUUAAAGGGAACCCCUGAUGGGGAUAAAAUGGCGUUAGCUUACAAUGAGAAUACCUUUCUUUUGUCAUGCAAGACAAUGUUGUAUUUGCUAAAGAAGCCACCAAAGCAUUUUGAGGCCUUUGUGCAGGGGCAUUUUCGUGAACGUGCGGAUUCUAUUUUAGGUGCAUGCAAGGCAUACAUGAAUGGCACACAAGUUGGUUGUCUUGCUGGAAAUGGGGUUCAGAAUGCUGGUGGUGAUGGUAAGAGCAGUAGUAAGCAAUUUAGGGACUCGGUUGGUCAAUUGGUACCACUGCUCGUGACAAAUUUUGCCAGGGCAGGAGCUGAUGAUAUGCAAAAGUAUCUUGCAAAGGAAGGAGAAUUGGUUUAGUUAGGUAUAAUGUUAAUUUUGAAUGCUUGGACUAAAUUUACCUAUGAAAUCUAUCUUUGGAAAUUUAUUGAAUUUAUGAUUUGAAUAUUCCUUUUUCCUUUCGCUUCAGAUUAUCCAACAUGAAAGCAUUAGCCUUGAUCCACUUUCUAAUGAAGGUGCAUCUAGGAAUGGUUUAGUUAUCUUAUUUGAUUUUUUCAGGCCAUAGAGAUGGCAACUUGGCACCUCCUUGAGACCAACUUACCUGGUUAUAUUUACAACAACAAAUUUUUUAUAAUGAUGAGGAAAAGGAGAAUUUAUGUAUGUUCUCUCUUACUUUUCUCUUGUGUAGGAUGCAUUGUGUAUGUAAUGUGCUGUGAAAUCAUCAAAAUUAAAGAUUUGUUUCAUUUGCUUUAGCUUUCUUGUUUUUUGUUCAUUUGGAGCUUCGAGUUUGAAAUCUUUAGACCUGAGCGAGUCAGUUUGGACUUGCUCCAGUUACUCAGCUUGGCAAGGGGCUGAGUUCCUUGCCUGAGCCUUGGAAUAAAACACUGAUUAAUAUCACUGGGUAUUGAUCAACAUUUUCUACUAUCAAGAUUCAAUACAAAAUGAAGCAUUGGAGACCUCUCAUGCCAUCAUAAGAUUCAUAUUCUGAUCCUUCUUUUCGGACUCCCCAAUAUGCAUUGCCCCGAUGGGAUCACUUUUGUGUUCUAAUUCUCCAAGUAGAAUGGUUAUCAAAUGCAGCCAAAUAAUUCAUUAUGUGGUUGUAUUAAGAGGGCUGCAUCGCUUUGGCCCAACUAGGAGGGGUUUUACCUCAUGCACCAACCUAGGGACGCAUAGGCACCUGCAUGUGCAGGAUCCUAUGUGGCUGCAUCAUUGCGUGUUGCCCAUAAGCAGGCUAUUCUUGUCAUUCCCUACCUCCUCUAAAAAAAAAAAAAAACUCAGGAUCAAUUUCCUUUUUGGAUCCAAGGAAUUAACCUUCAACUAUUUGGCAAAUGAAUUUUCUUUUUUUCUUUUUUUCUAUUCAUUUUGAUUAUGCUACCAAAACCUGGAGGAUUUUUUAAGCAGGAUCCAAGAUGAUUUUGUGUUCACAUUGGAAGGAUUUUGGGUCUAAGAAGGGUGAUGACCUUAAACUUUCCCUUAACCCAUCCCAUGCGUGGGUAAAGAGCCUGGGUUUUUUAGGUAGGCAGCCAAUAUAAAAUUUUGCCAAGGCUUAUCAUCAUUGGAAGGAUUUUGGGUGUUCAAUAUCAACUCAUUGAGGUUUUGUAUCGAACCAAGAAAUAGAGAUUGCGCUAGGGCCAAGUAAGUAUUUGUCCAUGUGCCACGUGUUACACUUAUGCCUUUGUGGUAAUGUGGUGUAUGAACUUUGGUGAAAGCAUUUCAUGGAGAAUACUUAAAAACACUUUCCAGUUUCUGCUAUUAGUAUUCAUAUUAUACUUGCUUGCUUGCUUAGUUGCAUGGCGUCAUUUGUGUUUCAAUUUGAUGAAUGGAUUAGAUCAUUUUAUCUUACAUGCUAAUUAAAACAAGGUAAGGAAGCACUAAGCAGUAAAUAUUUUGUUACUCCACCAGCGAGCGACUGAGAGAGACACAUACUAAAUUAAAUGUUUGCCAUUUUAUAAAUCUCACAAUUGUGAUAUUCUUUAUAUUUUGUUUAUGAAUUCUUUAUAAUUAUCACCCACAAAGGAACUUUUGCUCUUGCCUGGUGGCUGCAUUGAUGGCCACAUUGCACAUCGGACUCCCAAGUCCCAAUCUCAUGAAUUUGUAUACUGUAUCUGAUAACACUUUUAGAGUAGAAUAUCUUGAUUUGUUCUCCAAACUGAUAUCAAAAAGUCCAAAAUUUGCAUGUCAGGGGAUCAUUAAAGUAUUGUACUGAAUAAAACCAUGUUUAUGAGACCACAGGAAGAGAGUAUGAUCUGCAUUUCUUAUUGUUCUUCCUACUGGUAUGUGGAAUAGGUACUUCAGAACUAGUUUUCCAGAUGUCAUCUGAACUUCAAAGAGAAGUGUGCUUUAGUAAAUGAAAUAUAUAUUGGGUGAACUUAUUGCAUGAUGGUUGUGUAAAAAUUACAUUUCUUGGACAUUGUUGUUAGUGGUCCUAUGAAAGGUUGCUGGAAUGAUGUGAUGGCUCUGGAAACCACUGGCAAUUGUUCUUUUUGUGACCUGCAAAGAGUGGUGAUGUCUAUCAUGUUUGUUUCUUAAUUUUCUUUUCUCUUUAUGAAUAAUAAACCAUAGGUUGAAUAAAUUUUUAUUGACAGCCACAAGAUGAAUCUAAAUUCCAUCAUGAACUGAAAGCCACUAGGAGGUAAACCAAUCCAACAUAUCUGUUGGCCUAUAUAGAGAUUUUGUUUCAUCAAGAACAGGAAUAAACUCCAAGAUACAAUUGGAAGAACAUAAAUCUAUAAUUUCCCCAAAAAUCCCCACCAAUUAAAAAAAUGGGCCAAUUACCCCUUCUAAUCUCCAUGACCACAAAAUCGGCUUUCUUUUAUGGAAGAACCUAAAAUCAACUCUCUACCAUCAUAUAUAUUCAAGAAUUGGCUUCAAGUACACAGAAAUUGGUGAAUCGUGCUGCCUAAAUAUUAUCUACAACUGAUCAUUUGCUUCUGCACAAGUGGAGCUCUCCUCUGGAUAACUUCAAGCAAGUUUGCAUAGCUGAAGAGUUUUUUUAAGGGGGAUCCUACUAUUCCUCUAUUUCCAUUUCCUCAAAAUGGCAGCCAACCCACCAAGGAUCUCCCCUCUUAGAUCACAUCUUAAUUGUACUCAAUCCUACAAACAAGGUAGAAAGCAAGCAGCAUCCCUUUUAAUUAUCUGGCCUAUAACUAUAAUUGAUAGAAAGAUGAUUCCACUGUUUCCUCCUCAUUAGCCAUUGAAAGUCCUCUAUGCUUUGGAUCACCAAAAUGGUCUGUUUUUUUCAUAGCACAUCCAAUUAUCCAAUAAAAUGCCACAACCCUUGGAGCUUAUAUUCCCCCACAUUCAUCAAAUAUGGAAGUCUGUUUUGUCGCCGUAAUAGCUCUGCUCCCCAUGACGUCAAAGUUUAUUCCAAGAACAAAAGAAAAAAGAGCUUUGAUCCCUAUGAACAGACUUGAUUAGGAACACAUUCCAACUCCCACACCUCUCUAUCCUUUGUACCUGUGACUAAGAUCUUUCUAAGAUUUAAAAUCAUUUUCCAUUUGCCAUCCAAAUUGACAUGCCUUGCAUGGGUACCUAGCCUAAAGGAGUUUUCACCAAAGGUCCUCAAUAGCUUAAAAGUCAUAUCAUAUAACCGAAAGAGCUUCAUUAGUGAAUUAUUUUUCUUGAAUGAAACUCUUUUAUCCUUGAGAUUACAACAAUUUCCACUGUCUAGAUGAAAUCUCUGACAAAUGACCGCUGCCCCAUAAGAAGUCCGUUUGGUGUUUUUUGAGUUUGUCUGCGAAUCAAAUGAAAGACAAAAUGGAGCUUAGUGGAUCAGGAUAUUGGCCAAUAUUGAGGGGGCCAUACUUCCCUUGUUAGGUAGCCUGUGAUCUGCGUAAUAUAUCUACAGCUAUAUAGCUGUAGACACCUUCUCUAAACCACCGUAUAUCUCUUUUGGAUAUCCAUAGUUGCUGUAUUAGACAAUUUUCCCUCCUUAAAAUAUACCUUUGAUAGAGUACAUACAAAUAUAUUCAGCCGGAGCCUUAUCCUGACUAUAUGACUGGAAUUUGUAAAUAUGCUGACAAAUUUAAUCCUAGUCUUAGGCCUUUGGAAUUUUAAAAAGUCAUAUUAGGUAACCAUUAAGCUUGACUGAAUAGCUUAUGGGUGGAGCAGAGAACUGCAGAAUAGAGUGCACAACCAUUCAACACUUAAUGAAUUGGUUUCUAUUAAAUUUCUUGCUUAAGUGCAUCACGUGAUUUUGUUCUAUUGUCAGCUGCAUUAUAUUGAUUUCAAGAGUGCUUGUCUUUUGAGAGAACUCAAGACCUUGCAAAUUCUUUACAGCUUUGUCAGCAUAUUCAAACAUGAUACUUGAAGUAUAUCUCAUUAUUAUUCAUUUAUUGGAUGGUAUUUAACUAUUUAUUUACCAAAACCCAUUAUAAUAUCAAACAUUGGUACAUCUCAAAAUAUCUUUCUUUAACCUGAAUGCUGAUAUAUGUUUUUUGUUAUUAGGUGGAUUUUUUACGUGAAGGUCUCAGCUUGAUAAUUGAGAAACAUAUUAUACUGUACAGCAUCACUUUCCUGAUUUUGUGCAGCAACUAGUUGGAACGUCUGACCUCAAUUCCAUCUUUCUUUGAUUUUUCUAAUCUUUGGGCAAAAUGAAUGGUGAAGAAUCUAUACCCUUCUUUGGGUAUAUAUUAGGGAAUCAUCAAGCCUAACCAGCUAACCCUACUGAAAGAAUCAACUUUUUUCUACCCAAGAAACAUAUAUCCUUUUGUUUGUAAGAUGAACAUAUAAAUUUAGUUUUCUCGCGCAAACAAUGAGUCAGGAAAAUAAGAAUUCUCUUAUUUGGCUUUGGGUGUGCCUGCAAAUGGUUGAUUAUAUAAUUAAAAUUGCAAAUUGACAUAUA